GGAUAAAAAGGAGUAGUCUGUUUCGUUACAAGUCUCUGGAAGACUUAUGGAUAUCUUAGAAUUGAUUAACUUGAAACAUAAUCACCACCGGGCUAAUAAGGCACGUCCUUAUUUGUGUACUUGGGAAGGAUGUACAAAGGAGUUUGGACGCCGGUCAGAUCUUGUUAGACACAAGAGGAUCCAUACGAAUGAGCGUCCAUAUCUAUGUAGCUAUCCAUGUUGUGGCAAAUCGUUUAUUCAGCGAUCAGCAUUAACGGUUCAUGAGCGAGUUCAUACAGGAGAACGUCCACAUGUUUGUGAAUGGCCCAAUUGUGGCAAAUGUUUUAGUGAUUCGAGUUCUCUUGCCCGUCAUCGUAGAGUUCAUACGGGCAAACGCCCGUAUCUUUGUGAGUAUCCAUCAUGCCUAAGAAGCUUUUGCCGUAAAACUACACUUACAAAACAUAUACGACGUACUCAUCAUGGUCGAUUGAAGCCGGACGAGGUAGAUUCAAAUGCAUCAAGCUCGUCCUAUCCAUAUAUUUCACAGGAAACAUCACCAUUUUUAAUAAAAAGCAUUCUUGAAAACCCGCAACAUUAUACAACACAAAUGUUAUCGUCUAUUUCUUUGCCUCAGACAAAUCUGGCACAAUACGAGCCAUUGACUCCUCAAUCCUCUGUUUUACGGGAUAUAGAUGAUGAUUUGGAUCAUAUAUCUCCUCAACCAAUUACAUAUAUACCUUCACAAUAUAAUUGUCUUUCAUAUUAUCCUUCAUCCUUAACAUUCAACCAUACUAUUUCACCUUCAAUCUCAGUAUGUUCUCAGAAACCUCAGGAUGACUAUUUGUUUAAUUAUCAACAUGUUAUUAAUGCAAAUAUAUCGCCUUUGCGUCAUGAAUAUCCAUCUCCUCAAUUGCAAUUGGUUCAAGAAGACUCUUCUCUUUGGGAUUGGUCCAAAAAUCUUGGUUCUUUCAAAACAAUUUAGUGCUAUGAUUCAAUUGCAAUCUCUCUAACUAAUCUUCUAUAAUCU